ACCACUAAUCUGUAUCGAAGAUCAGGUAUGCAGAGCUUUUCAAAAAUAAUCUGCACGUUAUAGAAAUGUAAUAUAUUAAUUUCUUUAAAGAUGUGAGUAACAAAUAUCUACAUGUAUAUUUCAUCAUGAUUUUAUGAAGAUAAUUAUUAAAACUAGGAUUUUUACUAUGACGUGUAAAACGUUGUAAUAUUAUACAAAUCUUGAUUUAUAUUCGACAAUCUUGAUAUUUAUAUGAAGAAACUUUGAUGUAUAUUCGAUAAAUCUUGAUAUUUAUAUUCGAGAAAUCUUGAUAUAUCAUGGUUUUCGUGUAUGAAUAACAAGAUUCAAGAUUCUCGCAUAUCAAUCAACAUUAGUACUUUUUGCAACGUUUUACACACAAUAAUCUACCGGAAACCGUGACGUCUAAUCCAUCGUUUGCUAAAGAAAGAAAAAAGAACCUUUUCUUGUGUGACGGAAGUUUGAGGUAGAGACAAUGAUAACCAUGCUAAUUAAAUUGGAUUCUGUAAACACCGAGUGUUUGCAGUGUAACGAAGUUUCCAGCGUGCAGAUGUGUGUAACAAGGACCACUUGUGGCUCAGGAGAGGAAUGUUAUUUAGAAAAAGUAACAAUAGCAGAUUUAAGUGUCGUAUACAAUGCUGGUUGCCGAAGUGAACAGGUUUGUAAACUUAUGUCGGCUUUAUCUGGGGCAGGAAAACGUAAUUUAGUGAACUGUGCCGAUUGCUGUGUCAACUCUCCCGGGGAACCAGUUCCGUGUAAUGCCCGACUUUGUGGUCAACAACCAGCUGCGAUCAGCACAACGUCAUCAUCACCUGACGUCAGAUUGGAGUGCAUGAGUUGUAAUCUUGCGGUGUCCGUUCAUGACUGCCAGAAAACGACAACUACUUGUCAAGCUGGCGAGGAAUGCUUUUUGGAGUCGGUCACGACACCAGAUCGUAGAAUGAAAUUCAAUGCGGGAUGCAGAAGCAAAACGGUAUGCAAUUUGAUGAGCUCAUUUGGAUCAACGAUUGGCAAAAGAAAUUUGGUAAAUUGUGCCGCUUGUUGCAGCGACCCACCUGACAGUAAUGGACCUUGUAAUACACGGCUAUGUGGUGAAAGUUCUGAGCCACGAUGUCUGGUGUGUGAUGGUCUACAAACUACUUCUGAUUGUCCGUUCACAGAAAUUUGUGGACCAAAUCAGACAUGUUACAAUGGUGUGCGUAUAGUUGGUUCAUCGCUUUCCUACGUGUAUGGUUGUGAAGACGAAAAGGUAUGCCAAACGUUUGCAGUGAAUUAUCAUCACUAUCACGGGGGUCAGCAUGUGGCACGGUCUAUAGCACACGACGGUGGUGUCAUUGUAUGCGACUCGUGUUGUAAAGGUGACCUGUGUAAUUCUCAAGAUUGCGUCCUUCUCUUAAAAAACAUGACGGUUGAUAUGUUUGGAGGAACAACACAGCGGCCUAGUGGUAAUAUUCUUGGAUAAAACAACAGUAUAGUGGUCAAACGUCUCGGAUAGCACAAAAGUCUUGUGGCCAUGUUAUCGAACAGUCCAUAAAAAAUUAAUGUGCAA